ACAAACAAACACCAUCCCAUCCCAUCCCAUCCCAUACCAUCAUACUUAUCUCUCUCUCUCUCUCUCUCUCUGUGUAAAAUACCAUAACACCAACCACUCCUCCUCCAAUGGCAACAAGAAGAAGACCAAGCUUCCUCUACCUAGGAGAUGAGAGAGAAAACCCAUCAUCAACAACCCCUUCCGACACCCAAUUCGACUUCGACGAAUCCGAGGUCUGGACCUCCAGCGAUGUUGUUGAAUCGAAAAAACCAAUGCCCACUUCACGUCCCGUGAAAAAAUCCACAUCGAGAAAGAUCGCCGCUGUCACCGCCGCCGCCGCCGCCAUUAUUGAUCGGCGGCCCAAACCCUCUUCCUCAUUGCCUGUAAAAAUACCGGAUUGGUCGAAAAUCCUCGGGGAAAGCCGGCGGAGAGAGAGCAGCGGCGGGGACGAUGGCGGCAAUGAUAGUGGUGAUGAUGAGGAUGAUAGGAUGCCUCCUCAUGAGUACUUGGCAAGGACUAGAAUGGCGUCUUUUUCAGUGCAUGAAGGUAUUGGGAGGACUUUGAAAGGAAGAGACUUGAGUAGGGUGAGAAAUGCUAUUUGGAAGCAAAUUGGUUUUGAAGAUUAACAUAGAAUAACAGUGAGUGAGUGAGUGAGUGAGUGAGUGAGUGAGAGAGAGAGAGAGAGAGAGAUCAUGAUAUGCUAUCAUGUGAAAUUUUGGGUUGGUCAUAGAAUUUAUUUUUGUAUUUAUCAUCAUCACUUGAAAAGCUAAUGUCUCUCUUACUGGUACGAGAUUCUCGGUCUCAAAAUCUCCGUCUUCUUUUAUCUUUAUAUUUUGAUUUUAUCAUUAUAUCGUGCAGUUUAAAGGGUAUUGAGUAUAGUGAAAGAAGAAUGUUAGAGACAGAAAAUCUUGACACUAGCUAGUCAUCCUUUUGUUUUGUUAAAUCCUCUGGGUUUUUGGGUGUGACUUCUAUUCAGAGGAUCACUGAUCAUGUAUAUGUGAUCUAACUUUUCAGAUUGUAGUGAAAUGGAAAUCUUAUAACAUUUUGGGGCA